AUGUCUUCCCCUAGCGACAACCAAGAAGAGGUAAUUCUGCCUGACCAUGCCCUGCAGCCUGUAGCGGAUGAUGAGACCUAUGAUAACGAUAGCGAACGGUCCUCGUUGACGUCUCUCACAUCGUCUAUUCUCCAGGGUAGAGUUGAGGGAGGAAGGACAUAUGCCGUCUAUGGUAAAGAAGAGUAUGGACUCCCUAUGGACGAGGCUGAGCUUGAUCGCAUCGACAUGUGUCAUGCGAAGUACUGCGCCUUGAUCGGGAAAAAUCGCUAUUUAUCUCCCAUAGACAAUCCUCAAAGAAUCCUCGAUCUUGGCUGUGGCACAGGUAUAUGGUCCAUCGAAAUGGCAGAGGAGUUCACUUCCGCCGAGGUUAUCGGUACUGACGUUGCCCCAACGCAACCUGGCUGGGUACCACCAAACUGCCACUUCGAGGUUGAUGAUAUCGAGAGAACAUGGACAUGGCGAGAAGAUAGUUUCGACUUCAUCUUCUCCCGGGAUCUCCUGCUCGCAAUCCGAGAUUGGCCAGCCUUGAUUGACCAAACUUAUAAACAUCUUCAACCCGGAGGAUGGGUAGAGUUUCAAGCUAUCGUUGGCCUUCUCGGAUGCGAUGACGACUCAAUCCCUGAAGACAGCUACCUGCGCAAAUUUUCCAACAUGAUGGAAGAAGGUUCUUCCAAGUUCGGAGCUAGCCUCACAGACCCUAUGAAAUGGAAAGGUUGGUUUGAAGAGCGCGGGUAUACCAACGUCACAGAACGGGUCUUCAAGCUUCCUUUCAACCCAUGGCCCAAGGAUCCGCGCAUGAAGCUCCUAGGAGCAUGGGAGAUGGAGAACCUCCUGCAAGGACUUGAGGCGAUGGUGACUAGAAUGUUCCAAAAGGGACUUGGUUGGACGGAUGCUGAGGUCACUGUCUUUUUGGCAUUUUUAAGAAAGGAGAUUAAGAAUCCUCGCAUGCACGGGUAUUGGCCUUAUUAUGUGGUUUAUGCCCAGAAGCCGAAGGAGAAAAAAGCACAGGCUGCCGAGUGA